AUGGAGCUUGUAAAGGCUCUGCACUACAGUCCAACCUCUGCCCUUGCUCAAGCUUACUGCCCCUCUUCCAGAAUCAACUCAUCUUGCUUCAGCCCAUCAUUAUUCUUUAGCCCAUCAUUAUUCAACCUUGCACUUGCACCAGCCUUCCCUUUCCUUUUAUACACAAUUCUGAUCGCAGGCCUAACAGAAUACAAUCAGCUAUCCUGGUGCGCUUUCUGUAGGGAUCGGUUUUUUUACCAAGAUCUUACUGGUGAAUAA